AUGGUACGUUACUGCAAAGAAGAACUCCACUUUGACAGUGUAUCCAUUGUAUCCAAUGGUAGUCUAAUCGAAGAAGAUUGGUUCCCAAGAUAUGGUCAAUACCUUGAUAUAUUGGCAAUAUCAUGUGAUUCAUUCGUGGAUAAGACUAAUCAUAAGAUUGGAAGAAGGACAACAAGUACAAGGAAGACACCAACACAACUCAAUCAUAGAGAGAAGAUGAUGAAGAUCAAGGAAUGGUGCGACAAGUAUCGCGUGGUGUUCAAGAUCAACUCGGUGAUCAACAAGUUCAACAAGGAUGAGGACAUGACCGAUCACAUCAAGCAGUUGGAUCCCAAGCGUUGGAAGGUGUUCCAAUGUCUGAUCCUCAAGGGCGAGAACAGUGGCGGGGCAGGCGAUCUCCGGGAUGCCCGUGAGUUUGUCAUCAGUGACGAGGACUUCAAGAGCUUCCUUCAUCGCCAUCACGAACUAGAGUGUCUGGUGCCAGAGGAUAACGAGACCAUGAGGGAUAGCUAUCUCAUACUUGAUGAGCAGAUGCGAUUCCUUGAUUGCACUGGUGGUGCCAAGGUACCCUCAGAGUCUAUUCUCAAAGUAGGAGUGAACAAUGCCAUCCAACACAGUGGCUUUGAUCCAACCACCUUUAUCAGCAGGCUUGGAAUCUAUGAAUGGGACAAGAACAAAGUACUUCGAGGUGCUGGUCCUCAGGCCGACCUUUCCUUCUGA